AGCAGGUGAUCGUCAUGGUUAAGACCAUAACUACCCUAUCACCUGUCCCUUUCUGACUUCGAUUUUGGUUCUAGGUCCAGUGCUGACUUGGAAUCAACAGCUUGAGAAGCAAGAUCAAGAUGCAGCUUAACAUUUUCGCCGCUGCUUUUGGGCUGUUUGCGCCUGCGAGCGCACUGCUUCGAUUCGGCUGCUCGGGUUUGACCGUCCAACGCCUAGAUCCCUUGGUCAACCCGGGGAUAAACCCAUCCGCUCAUCUCCACCAGAUUAUUGGAGGCGAUUCUUUCAAUACAUCAAUGCCUCCUGAGACGCAUGAUCUCGCCGCGCUUUCGACUUGUACAACCUGCCAGUUCACAGAAGACCUCUCUAACUACUGGACUGCUGUCAUCUUCUACCGUGGCAAGAAUGGCACUUUUAAGAGGGUUCCGCAGAUGGCCCAGGCAGGCAUGGAAGGCACCCAGGGCGGCAUGGUUGUUUACUACAUGACUGAUGCCUUAUUCGAUACUACUCAGAAAUCUACUGUUACAGCUUUCAAGCCUGGCUUCCGUAUGCUUGUUGGCGACUCAACCUUCCAUGACCGCGAGGAAGCUAGGAAGUGGCGCCAAUUGACUUACAUCUGUAUGGAGAAUCAGGGUACCCGUGCUCCAGAGAGUAUCGGUUUCCCUACGAAGCCUUGCCCUGGGGGUAUAAUGGCAAAUCAUCGCUUCCCUACUUGCUGGGACGGCAAGAACUUAGAUUCUCCUAACCACCAAGACCACGUCGCGUACCCCGAAAGUGGUACUUUCGAGUCGGGUGGCCCGUGUCCUUCUACGCAUCCAGUCAGGCUCCCUCAAAUACUUCUCGAGACGGUCUGGGACACCAGGGCCUUCAAUGACCCAGCAGACUUCGCCGACGGCAAGCAGCCCUUCGUCUGGUCGACAGGAGACACCACUGGCUAUAGCAGCCAUGCCGACUACAUGUUUGGCUGGAAAGAUGAUUCCCUCCAAAAGGCCAUGGAUGGGCAUACGUACGUCUCUGCUCCGAUGCUCAAGACACAAAGUAUUUCCCAGCAGAACAGAUGCAAAGUUCCCGAUAUGGUAGGAGAAGAUAUCGAUAGCUGGUUGACCAACCUACCCGGUGCAAAUCCGGUCGUGUAGGGAACGAUUUUUAGGAUAGCUACGGGUUACGGGCUGCGGACGACUUUGCGCGUCACCUACCUACCAGUUAAUGUUCUUAUUAAUCCACCAAAUUCUCGAAAUACUUUUCUUAGUCGACUUAUCAAUUAUGACGCGUUCCUAAGGUUG